UGUUCCUUAAACGUUGGCAUUAUAUGAUACUCUUCAGGAAAUAACUAUUAUCAUUGUAUUUUAGUAGAUACCUACUAACAUAAUAGUUCUAAUAGUUUUGUGCGAAAUGAAGAAUCUUACAAGCUUACAAUUUAUAUUUUUGCUGUUUAUUGUAAUAAGUAUAGUGCAUUUAGGACGUUGUGCACCACAAAAUAAAGCUAAUGUGACAAAUAAAAUUGUUUUUCCAUCAGAUGAUCAACCCAAAGGUACGGAAGCAUAUUCGGCCGCUGAAAUGUGCAGUGAGUAUUCACAGUUGAUUUACAAUUAUAUAAAGGAUCCAGUAUUAUUGGCGGGUCAUGACCAUUUUAUUAAAGUUAAAGAUUGUCAUACUGUCUUAACCUUAAUCGUUAACGGCUCUAGGGCUGAUCCAAAAGAAUUUCCACACAUGGCUUUGUUGGGUUAUAGCAAKAAUCCCAAAAAUAAUGCAUGGGCCUGCGGGGGAUCACUGAUUAGCAAUAGAUGGAUACUUUCCGCAGCACACUGUGAAAAACUUGACGACAAAACGUUCGUGCGCUGGGCACGCCUUGGAGAACUCAACUAUUUGUCGGAAACYGACGACGCCAGACAAAUGGACUACCAAAUUGACCAACGCAUAGUGCAUCCAAAUUAUCAACCGCCGUCAUUGUACAACGAUAUAGCGUUAUUCCAUUUGGAUCAGGAAGUAAAGUUUUCUGCGUACGUACGGCCCAUUUGUCUUAACGCAGAUCCAAAAUUGCAGUCGAGUCCUUCGCAUACGRYGAUAGCAACUGGUUGGGGACAGAUAUACUUUAACGGUCCAGCUAGUCCGGAUCUGUUAAAAGUGACUUUGAACAUGAUUCCUGCAAACUUGUGCAAAAKCAACUAUGCGUCGAUCGGGACAACUCAGUUGGCGAACGGAAUACUCGAAGAAAGCAUGAUGUGUGCGGGCUAUGAGAAUGGUGAAAAAGACACAUGUGGGGGCGAUUCUGGUGGUCCGCUUCAAAUACCCCACAGCAAUUACUCGUGCAUGUACACGCAAGUAGGCAUCACGUCGUUCGGUAAGCUGUGUGCCAAGAAGAAUUCACCAGGCGUUUACACAAGAGUGUCCAAGUUUUUGCCGUGGAUCGAACGAAUCGUUUGGCCCAAAAUAUCUGCCUGAAAUUAACAUAAUUUAGAUUAAUUGUACGCCACAUUCACACGUGUUGCCUGCACUGUCUAACAAACGUUGUUGCAACAUGGUUAAUUUAUUAAUUGUCGUUCAUAAUAAUACAUUUACUAUGUGUAAGUUCUAAAAUAAGUAAGUUUUCUGUUAUAAAAUUUAAAGGUAAGAUUAUUACCUAGGCCUUUAGGGUGYCUUGGAGGCUUUUAUUGAUAUAUUCUUUAUUAAGAAGCAAGUUAUAAUCUUUUUGCUACUGUAAGUUGUUUAUACAUUUUAAAAUGACCAUAACUUACUUUAAAAUAAUGAUUUUAAUAACAUUCUUCAAGACGAUCCAUAUCAGAGGUAUUCAAAUGAUUUCAUCUCACGACUCCUUUGUAUAUUCACAAAAUUUUGAUAGCUCCCUAAUUAUAAAUGACAAAAAACUAAUAUUUAUAAUUUAUAUUAAUUAUAUAAAUAAAAAUAUUCAUAUUUCA